AUGAUGUCUCUCCGCAGCGUGCUCGCAAUUGUUUGUUGUUUUUCUGUCGUAACUGUACAACCUGAAACUAUUUCGAACUGUGACAACGGUGUUUGCCGUUCUGAUGAAUCAGGAAGUAGCAGCAGCAGCAGCAGUAGCAGCGAGUCAUCGUCGAGAUCUUCAUCAGAGACAUCAGAGAAAGAAAUGUUAAUCGAGUCGAAUGGUAUGCGUUCGGUGAUCAGCGGUAUUUUGCAACGUUCAAAACGUGCUAUGAUGGCGUGGCGUUCCGGAUCUGACACCAACACUGGCCUAGUGGAGAACUUACAAAUUAAAAAAGCGAUGCUCGAGGUAGAUCGAGGUGACUUUGCACCGCAAACACCGUACGGUGAUCAUCCAGUAGGGAUUGGCUAUGCGGCAACGAUCAGCGCUCCUCACAUGCAUGCCACCGCACUUGAACUGUUGAAAGAUCAUUUAAAAGAGGGCGAUAAGGCGUUGGAUGUUGGUUCAGGGUCCGGAUAUCUAACCGCGUGUAUGGCAAUCAUGGUGGGUAAAACGGGAAAAGCGAUUGGCAUCGAGCAUAUCGGUGAAUUGGUGAAUGAUUCGAUAAAGAACGUCGAAAAGCAUCAUGCAGAUCUGAUAUCGUCGGGAAGAGUUCUGCUGAUCGAGGGGGACGGUCGUGAGGGUUACCAACCGGAGGCACCCUAUAAAGCCAUACAUGUCGGUGCUGCCGCACCAAAGAUCCCUCCUAAGCUUCUCGAACAGCUGGCACCUGGUGGACGUAUGGUGAUUCCGGUUGGUCGGGAAGGUGGCCAUCAACGUUUUAUGCAGAUCGAUAAAACCAGUGAUGGCCAAGUGGUAACAACUGAUCUUAUGGGAGUGAUAUACGUACCGCUCACCGAUAAACAUCGGCAGAUAUGA